AUGAAAAUCUUCAAACUGAAGCAGAGCAUUUGUCAACGUUUUUACGAAAUUUGGCAGCAAUCAAUCGACACAAUGAACGUUAUCAAAAUGGCGAAGAAAGUUUUCAGUUAG